GUGGCGACCCCCCGCGCCCGUCCCAAAAACCGACCGAUCUCGAUCCAAGUCGCUCGGAUCCAUGGCGCCAGCGUGCGAGAACCGGCAGCCGGUGGAGCCGGCGGACAGCAGCGAUCCGCUCCCAAGCUGGAGCUCGAGGAACAUUGUGAGCUUGGGCGACCUACCGAUGAUGCAGACGGCGCCUGCCUCGCUGCGCUCCUCGCCCCGGGCCUCGCCCCGCAGCUCCCUCCGCAGCUCCCUACGCUGCCCUCAGACCCCCCGGCCCUCACGCACCGUGCGCUUCGAGCUGGAAGAAGAAGGCUCCGAAGACUCGGACGUGGAGUCCCUGGAUUCCUUUGAGUCCUGGGCGUUGCCGAAAGUGGGGCGCGGCGUGUAUCCCAACCGCCUGCUGCACGAGCGACACGUGAAGUCUAUGAACGCCUUCCUCGAGGAGGUGAAACGCUCGCCCCUGCAGUGGCGCUGCCAAGUGGCUGCCAGUGACAUUGGCAAGCGAUUGCAAGCUCGGCGAUUGAACCAACCUCUGGAUGAGUCUUUAACGAGGACGGAGUCCGCCCCCGUCUUGGGCUCUGCCAACCGUGCCCGGCAGGUGCAGCCUUCCGGCACUUCGCACUUCGAUCUCGUCGCCGCUCGGGCGAAGCGCCCGCAGCCGGUGCCGAUUCCCUUUCUGAUGCCGAAGGCGUAGUCGAGCUCGGUGCCUGGAACCGCAACCCUUCAAAGGUCUUAGCUUGACUGCUAUUGGGC